CGAUGAAGAAACAAACUUUGUAACCAAGCGGCUGAUAUUUGGUCUGUGAUGGGAAUAACAUACUCCUCUCUCUUCUGCUCGGAAGCUGUUUUCCCGGCUGGGAAUCAUCCCCGCAGACAAGCUAACUGCAGCUGGAACACCUCCUGAGCCCCUCAGCCCGACUUGCUCCCAUCCUGGCUCAUCUCUGUCUGACUGCACCUGAAGUAAUCACAUGCAAGCACAGCACCAUUGUACUUGACAUUUGCGCACGGCGGGCGAGGAUAUCGUACACGAGCAGAGCCGAGCCGGGAAGGGUAUCGCAGAAGAGGGACUCUGUUUUUCAUUUUUUGCCGUCUGAAGAUGGGCGAGAGGACGAGGUUCGUGCGCCUCUUGGUGGGGCUUCAGCUCAUCGCCACAGGUGGCGGCUGCCCCAUCGAGUUGAACCCCCCGAGGAUCGCGGUGCGAUACGGAGACCCCGCGUCCGUCAACUGCAGCACGUCCGACCCCAUGUACAAAGCGAUGGGAUGGGAGGCCUCACAGGGGGACACGGGCCUGAAGCGAGUCCGGCACUUGACUUGGAGCGUCGACGCGGUCACAGUGUGGGACGCCUCGCCCAUCUGCUUCCUCAGCCCGGUGCCCCAAAGCGGGCGAGAGCAGUGCUCCAUGAAGGCGACGGUGGUUGUUUACACGUUUCCGCAAAAGAUCUCCAUCCAAGCCGGCGGUUCUCUCGUAAAAGAAGGAGAGCCGAUUCAAGUGAAAUGCGUCGUCGGCACCAUCGCGCCGAUUCAAAAUGUCACCUUGCGGUGGUACGACGGCCAAACGGUCAUUAAGGAACAAGAAUUUGAGGAUUCCACGACUGGACCCGUUGAUCUUGUUUCGGAGUAUGACUAUCAAUAUAACGACACGUCUUCGAGACAGCGGGAGCUUGUUAAGCUCAAAUGCGAGGCAGUGUUGGACCUGACACCCGAGGUGCCGCAGUUCAACGUAUUUUCACCCGAGUUCGAGCUCACUGUUGAAUAUGACAUAGAGCCCAUAGACCUGACGUGUCCAAGAAACUACACCGCAGUGGAGAACGCUUUUCACAACCUGUCCUGCUCCUUGGAGGGCGGGCCUCCCCAAACCGUGAUCACCUGGUACAAAGACGGAGACGAGGUGGAGCUGCCGCCGACGUUGACGAGAUACGACGCCGGGCAGUACCUCGUCGUUGCCAGCUCGUUCUCGAGCACCGUCAACGCCACGGUGGAGAUCGACGUCGUAUAUGAGCCGUCCCAGAUAGAAGAGCUCGAGGACGUUGAAGUCGAGUUGGGCUCCGAAGUAUGUCUGAAGUGCGCCAGCAGAGGCAACCCGCGACCCGACUAUACCUGGAGUGCACCCACUUGGCUAAAUGUAGCUCGAGUCGACGACGAUGGAGUUUCCCGUCUGCAGAUCCCAAAUGUGACUUCACUGCAGACGGGGGUCUACAGUUGCUCGGCCAGUAACGGGAGAGGGACCGUGUCUAAAAUUGUCACAGUGAGUGUAAAAGAGUGCGAGCCGGGCUGGUUUCGGUGUUCGACCGGCACCUGCAUCGUGUCUUAUCGGAUGUGCGACGGAAAGGACGACUGCGGUGAUGGGAGCGACGAAAGCUUCUGUGGAGAGGAUCAAGAAUGCCCCGUUAGGAUACACCCGGAAACCCUGGUGCUGCAAUACAAGGGCGAGACCCAGAACGCCACUUGCACGUCCGCCGGCUCCAGAAAUGUCCAAGCCGUGGGCUGGCACCUGGGGCAAAUCUUCCACCACAAGGACGCUUGGACCCCAGACACCCGCAAGGACUGGGACUCUGUUCCUUUCUGCAAAGCGUUCUUCAAAGAGAAAAGAACUUGCCAGAAGCCUCUCAACGUCAUCCUUUACAAAACGGCGGACAGCGUCACCCUCCGUCCAGUCAAGGACACGAUGUUUUUGGAGGGCGAGCAGUGCCAGCUGCACUGUGACAUCAUCAACGUGGCUCCCGCACAAAGCCUCAUUGUGCGCUGGUAUCAAGGCAAUCAGACCAUUGAGCCGUCGAUCAGGGAGCCCCUGCGACUGGCCGACUGCCGGCGUGACACGAACGCGUCGUGCGACGUGGGCACGACCAGGACCCCGGUGAACGUGUCCGCCAGCGCCAAGUUCCUCCUCAACCGGACUCAUCACGCAGCGGCUUUAAGUUGCGAGGCGCACUUGGAGCUGGGACCGGCGGGACCGCGGCUGUCCCCGCCCGUGAUGUCCCGGCCGAUCAGCUUCAGUGUCUAUUACAAGCCAGUCAUCAACACCACAAAGCUCCCGAGAGUCGUGCCGCUGUUCCGCGGUUACCCGGAGACGCUUGUGUGCGAAGCCGACGGUCAGCCGCCGCCGGUCAUCUACUGGUCGAACUUCACGAAAAAGACCACGUGGGAGUUGGGAGGCAACAUCACCGUUUUGGAGCCCGGCCGCUACACCUGCAAGGCAGUCAAUCGCGUGGCUUCGGUCGUACACGAGGUGGACGUCAUCCCGAAAGAGGACUACCUGCCCCUCAUCGCCGGAUUCGUGGCCGUCACGGUGGUGGUCAUCUCGGCCAUAUUCCUCUUCAUCUACUCCAUCUACUACAAGAACACCAAGAUGCGCCGCUACAGCCUGAAGAACCCCAAACUGGGCGGCCACAACGCCAACGUGGCCCACAAUGGCUGGGACUUGCAGUUCCCGAUGACGAAGCUGUCGUGACCGGACAGCGUCACCGACCCCUCCGUGUCUGUUUGCUGACUCACACUGGACUCAAAAGUCCCGUCUCCUUCCAGAUCUGACUUCCUUGUAAGACCCUUUUAAGACUCAGGCUUGUGCUGCCGGCGUCAGGACUUGGGUUCACUGGACCGAGGAGGUGUGGCUAAAAAGGAGACCGCUGAAGCUGAUUGAUAAGCACAAAAGGGAAUUUACUUUCCUGCCCCUACUUGUGCGGCGUGUAUGCGGCAUUAUUUUGAACGAACAAGAACCUGCCUGAAGGAAUUGCGCGGUGACUCUUGAGUCCUCUGCGGUUUGAACCCAGGAACUGCACAUCUUGGCGCUUUUACCCAAUGUCCCCGUGUUCUUCCGUAGUUUCUCUCCGUCUCUGGUGUAGUUAGGGAAAAUUCUACGUCUGCUUUGAGGUCAGAUACUACGAAUGAGCGCCCCCUACAUUGAACGUAUUUGUUAAAACUUUAUUUUAAGAGUGAACAAACAGACUACACUGUGGAUGUGAAUUUGAUAUCCACUUAAAAAGUGUAUUUGUGAAUCUUGUAAAUAUUUGUAACAGAGGAUUUUUUUAUUAUUAAAAAUAUGACAUUUCUUACAGAA